CUAUAUAAAGUGAAAGGUUUUCCAGAGAAGACCAAAUCCAAAUAGCGGUUUUACUCUUCUUACCUACUUGGUCGUGCCCUAAUAGUCUAUAGUACUGGAACAUGGGCAGUAUGUUUUUGAUUGCGAUUGUAACUGCACUUUGGUCCUAUCAUGUUGCAGUGUCACAGCUUCCUCCUCUGGCAGUGCUAAGUGACCGGAGUCUCAUAACGAAUAAAGGAACUUGCAAACUUCAACUCGGCGGUUUUUACAACAUAGCUCAAAGACAAAGUGCCAUCUCUACUGGCAGUGUUAAAAGCGUUGGGUUUCAGUUUAAACAAGACUUCAGAGAGCUGUGUACUGAUGUGGCACUCAAGAAGUAUCGUACUGUAGAUGGAAACUGCAACCACCCCAAGAACUGGGGGACGUCCCUUACCCCUGUGGCUAGAAUCUUACCGCCUGCUUACGAUGACAAUGUUGGAUCGCCAAGAACACUUGGAAAAGACAACAUCCCACUGCCCAACCCAAGGACCAUCAGCAGUUACGUUCACCCAUCGACUUCAGACCCAGAAGCCAGGACAAUUAUGAUCAUGCAGUGGGGUCAGUGGCUGGACCAUGACGUGACUGGAUUCCCAGUUGUAACAGAAGCCAAUGGAGCCAUCAAAUGUUGUGGACCCAAUGGUACUAAACCAAUCGGUGCUGUCAAUCAAAACUGUUUCGCUAUCAUGUUACCAUGUCAUGAGGUCAACUUCGCAGGCAGCUGCAUGGAGUUUGUUCGGUCUGUUGGAGCCACUGAUAAAGAUGGAUGUUUAUUGAACCCAAGAGAACAGGUGAACUCUCUGACCUCUUUUAUUGACGGUUCUCAAAUCUAUGGUUCAACAGAAGAGUUGGCGGCAAAAUUACGAGACGGAACAGGAAUUUUAUUGAAAACCAAGAACGACACUUUCUUACCAGAGGAUGUGUCUGCUUCUUGUAUUCUGAGACCUGGAACUAACGAUUACUGCUUCUUGGCUGGGGAUGUCAGAGUGAAUGAACACCCAGCACUGGGCGCCAUGCACACAAUUUGGCUGAGGGCGCACAAUUCCAUUGCCAAAGAGCUCCGAACACGCAGACCUGCUGACACUGACGAAGAAAUAUUUCAAAUGACCAGAAAGAUCAUAGGAGCCUUGCAGCAAGUUAUUACAUACAACGAAUGGCUGCCCAUCAUCUUAGGAACAGAGGCCACCAAGCUAAAGCUGACCUCUAAGACUGGACGCACCAAACGUUUGUCUGGGGUCGACCCCAGGAUUCUCAACGAGUUCUCCACGGCAGCCAUGAGGUUUGGGCAUUCCUUUAUACCUGAGGUGAUCCCCAUUGGUACUAGAAGAGUUCCACUUAGAACACUAUUCAAUAGGCCGGCUGAAGUUCUGGACAACCUUGAUGACCUCAUAGCUGGAGUUGCUGGAGUCGGUACACCUGGCAGAAAUAUGGCGGAGAGUUUAGACAGAAACUUUGUUGAAGAAAUCACCAACCAUUUGUUUGAGCCUCCAGCCGCACCGAAGGGUCGCGGCCUUGACCUGAUUUCUUUAAACCUCCAAAGAGGCAGGGACCACGGGAUUCCUCCGUACACAGCCUACAGGGCAGUGUGUGGUCUCCGUCCUAUUGUAGACUUUGACGACACCGAGGCUCUGGGACCUUUUGCCUCUCAGUUGGGCAGAGUUUAUAGGUCUGUUGACGACAUUGAUUUGUUCACUGGUCUUGUACACGAGCCUCCAGCAAAAGGGGCUCUGGUUGGUCCUACCUUAAGCUGUAUUCUCGGCACCCAGUUCUACAAUCUAAAGUUUGGAGACAGAUUUUUCUUCGAUACUGAUGAGUCAUUAAUAUCAUUCACUGAUGGUAAGUGUUGCAAAAUAAAAUGCAGGGGGCCCCAAAGAGGACUUUUAUUUACAGCUCAGCUCAAGUCAUUGCGUAGUGUCACCCUGGCUAAAGUCAUCUGUGCUAACACUAAAAUUGAGGCGCUGCCAAAUAAUGUUUUUAGUCCUGUAUCAAAAACAAAUCCACUGGUACCAUGUUCACAGCUGCUGGAUGAAAGUUUGGAUCUACGAUUUUUUGAUUAGUUUAAUCCAGAUCAAUUUAGUUGACACCAUAAUCUCAAUGGAACAAAGAUUUCAGAGUUUGUGGGAAUUUAAAUUUAAAUUUUGUAAUUUUCCAGUGCUAGGAUGAACAUCAUAUUUCUCUGUCUGCGCAUGACAUUCAACACAAAGUGAAAUGAUUCUUUGGUUUUUUAUUGUUUUAGCUUUAGAUUUUUGAAUAAAGUCAUCCUUUUGUAAAACCUUAAGGGAAAUAUAUUUGUUUCUAUUUACUUGUCAAUGUUAUAUAAAAAUGAUCAAAUGCUCAAUCCAGACUCUCUUUCAGCCCAAAUUAAUUGUUUGUUAAAUACUGACGCCUCCCCCCCCCAAUUCCCCCCCCCCCCCCCCGCCCUGAUAGAUCGUUCUUAGUAAAAGGAGAUUAUCGCCUAAACAAUUAAUUCGACUAUCCAUUUCUGACCCCCCCCCCCCCUCCCUCUCCGUUUGUUUUUAGAAAUUUCCGUUUUGUUAUUAUCUAAUUAUUUCUGUCUCAGUCUUAAGUUUCAUGUUUUAGUUAAAGACAAGGAUUUUGUCUCUCUCUCUCUCCCUCCCUCCCUCUCUCUCUCUUUCUCUCACACACACAUACAACCAUAAGUAAGAUGCCACAUGCUGAUCUAUUGUAAAAAAAAAUAAUUAAAAUGUUGAAGAUAUGUAAACAAAACAAAAGUCACAGUACACUAGUGAAGUAAAGGCAGUUGGUCGUUGUGCUGACCACAUGACCCCCCCCCCAUCGAUGUUUGGGCCACAAAAUAGAUCAGCUUUACACUAACUGCCCCUCUAGAUCGCAAGGUGUUUUUAUUUUUCCGAUGUCACAUGAUCUAUAACGUUUGAAGCCUGGUAAAUCGUGACCUUGAUCUAGUGAUCACUCAAAUCGAUAAAUCUGUUCUCUAGUAAAUAGUCAAUGAGAAGGCACGAUGGCUGAGCGGUAAAGCGAACCGGAGGUCCUGGAUUCGAAUCCUGGUGAAGACUGGGAUUUUUAAUUUCAGGAUCUGUGGGCGCCUCUGAGUCCACCCAGUUCCGAUGGGUACCUGACAACAGUUGGGGAAAAGUAAAUGUCGUUGUGCUGGCCACAUGAGACCCUCGUUAACCGCUGGCCACAGAAACAGAUGUCCUUUACAUCAUCUGCUAUAGAGAUCGCAAGGUCUGAAAGGGAAACUUUACUUUACUUUUACAUACUCAAUGCGCCAUUAAAACAUUGAUCAAAUUGAAGGCGAAGCAAUUUUUUAAGUACUUUUUUUUUUAUAGAAUAACUUUCUUUCUUUAAAAUAGUAGCUUCAGAAAAACAAAUAUUGAACGAUUACCUUAUGGACUCCCAGCCGCAAAUAUAGAAAACUUAAUCUUUAAUCUACUUAAAGCUUUGGUUUCCCCUGAUAUGGAGUAUGCGUGAGUGACUUUCUGGUAUAACAGUGAGGAAAGUAGAGCGGAAGUUUUGGUUGUGUAGACGAGUGUUUGUGAUGAAGCUACGCGGUGGUACGUCGUAAUUCAAGUGAAUAAAUAGAGAUGCUAGUAGAGAGAAGAGACUAGCAAGAGACAUGAGACAGAAAGUUGUGUAGUUUUAAUGAAUUAUUUCUUGUUUAAAUUAUCUUUUCAUUUGUGUUGCUAGAUAUUUAUCUAAUUUCAAGUUGAAUCUGUGUAAAUGUAUAAAUAAAAGUUCUAUUCAAUUAUGUUUUCAAAGAA